CCCUAGAGCAGUGCAGGAUGGUCGCGGCAAGAAAAUGGCGGAUUUUGAGGAGCUAAGGAUGCAUUACGGUCACAUUUGGUAAGGAUUUGUAAAGAAAAAAGGAUAAACACGUAAGAACAAUCAAGCAUGGACCAUAUAAUGAAGGAAUAUGGUAUCAAGUUUCCGAGUGUCGGAGCUACAGGUAUUGUUGGGCUUUGCUGGACGGAACAAGAGUGGUCGUAAGCAUGAACUGCUGCUGAGGGCGCUACAUUUGCUAAAGAGCGGGUGCAGUCCGGCAGUGCAGAUCAAAAUCAAGGAACUUUAUCGAAGGCGCUAUCCCAGAACAAUAGACACUCUCCCCGACCUGUCCUCUCUCAAGUCGUCCGUGUUUCCCCUGGAGGGCAGCCCUACCACCCUGGACCCGGACCUCUCCCUUGGUGCCCGGCACUCCCGGGCCUCCGGCCCCGUGCCGCAGCACCUGGUCGCCCGGGGGUCGGUGCUGUUGCACGAGACCAAGCCCAGGAUCGACAUGCAGCAGCCCGCUCCCCCCAUCCCCCCGGUCCACCCCGACGUCCAGAUGAAGCCCCUCCCUUUCUACGACGUGCUGGACGUCCUGAUCAAGCCUUCGAGUCUUGGGGCCAGUAGCAUCCAGCGUUUUCAGGAGAAGUUCUUUAUCUUCGCCCUGACACCACAACAAGUGCGGGAAGUUUGCAUUUCCCGGGAUUUUCUCCCAGGUGGCAGAAGAGACUACAUGGUUCAAAUUCAGCUGAGGUUUUGCCUUGCAGAAACCAGUUGCCUUCAAGAAGAUAACUAUCCAAACAGUUUGUGCAUUAAAGUCAAUGGGAAGCUUUUUCCUCUUCCGGGUUAUGCUCCGCCUCCCAAGAAUGGAGUGGAACAGAAGAGACCAGGCAGGCCUCUGAACAUCACUUCCCUGGUUAGAUUAUCCUCUGCGGUACCCAAUCAGAUUUCAAUCACAUGGGCACCGGAAAUUGGAAAGACGUACUCCAUGUCCGUUUACCUGGUCAGACAGCUGACGUCUUCGCUGUUGUUGCAGAGGUUAAAAAUGAAGGGCAUCCGGAACCCUGACCAUUCGAGAGCACUAAUAAAAGAAAAGCUGACUGCAGAUCCAGAUAGCGAGAUCGCUACCACCAGUUUACGGGUCUCGCUCAUGUGCCCGCUUGGAAAAAUGCGUCUGACGGUGCCCUGCCGAGCAGCCACAUGCUCACACCUCCAGUGCUUCGACGCCGCUCUCUACCUGCAGAUGAACGAGAAGAAGCCCACCUGGAUCUGUCCUGUUUGUGACAAAAAAGCUGCUUACGAGACCCUAAUUAUUGACGGGCUGUUCAUGGAGAUCUUGAACAGCUGCUCAGACGUUGACGAAAUCAAAUUCCAAGAAGAUGGUACCUGGUGUCCGAUGAGACCAAAGAAAGAAGCUGUUAAGGUUUCGUCCCAAUGCAUCCAAAAAAUCGAAAGCUCCAGUCUGGUGCGGCAGUGCACGGUGGCAGCCCCCAGCGAGCCGAGCAGCGCGAAGAAGGCUGACAUCAUCGACCUCACUCUGGAUAACUCUUCCGAAGAAGAGCAAGAGGAAGAAGACCCGCCUCUCAAGAAGCGGUGCAUCUACAUGGCAAAGACUGACGAGAUGCACGGGAAAGGGGUUUUGACCUAUCAGCCAUCACCGAUGCGAGUGCCAAAUGUCCAAGCCUUGGACACGACCUACUUAGCCUCCUCACUAGCUGACUAUGCAGUUCCAUUCCAUCACUCAACUCUGUCCACAAUUCCUGCAGACAUGCAAAGUCUAGAUUUGUUUUCGUUAAUCCAAGGGGACCCCCAGCAGCACUACCGCACACCCAUGUUUUUGGACAACCUCCCCACCAGCCUGCAGGGAGCCACCUCAAGCGGGGGCCUCAUAUCCCCCUCCGGUCAGUACGAGGGCCCCGCCCACAGCACCAGCUCCACCCACAGCGAGACGGGCGUCAUCACAGGGGGAUGUGGGACCAGCAUCUCUGACAUCAUCUCCCUGGACUGAAAUAACACCCAGGAGUCUCCCACUUCAUAGGACUGUAUAAACAACUGCAAUAUGUAUUGAACCGAUUGGUGCUUUUACCCAUCACUGUGGUAAAAGGU